AUGUUCGCCGUGCCGGUCACAGCAGAGACCACAGUCGGCGAGAUUCGGCAGAAGGUGCAGGAGUGGAAGCCAGAGUAUUCCCUGGAGCAGAUUGAGCUGGUGUGCAAGGACAAGGACGCAUGGGGACCUCUCUUCAACAAGACAUCCCGUCCACGCGAUGAUGAUGAGACCGUGGAGUCCCUGUGGAGUGACUGGGACAUUCCGCGCCGAAUGAUGCAGGUGGCUCUGUGGAUCAAGGAGAAGAACGAAGAGACUGGUGUGGGAGUCCACUUUUUGGAAGAUGCUCGAAGAAUCCAAGUGCGAUGCUACGACCUUGGCUACUUCCCGGAGCCUUGGAUCCUGGAGGAGCUGCGAUCAUGGACGCUGGAGGAUAUGGACUGUGGAAGUAUUCAAAGCUCGGUCGUCGACUGGCCAGAACUCCAGCAAUUGGCUGUCAAGUUCAAUGGCGCAUGGGCGCUCGUUUGCAAUUCUGAUUGCGGAGCGACCAACACUCAAGAAGUGAACAUUGCCGAGACAUUGUGGCAGCGGGCUUUGAAGGCAAGUUCGCGCCGUGGCUUCGGCGAGGUUCCCAGCAGCGAGGGCAGUCCGUGGCUGCUCGGCACAUCUGCAUGGCCUGUGGCUGGCCUGUUGGCCAAAUGGUCCUUAAACUGCACUCGCCGCAGCAGCCUUCAGCAGCAGGUGCGUGGCACUCGCUGUUCUGUUUCAAGCCUGAAUGAAUUCAAUGCUGCUCUGCACGUUGCCGGCGACAAGACCUUGGCCUUGCUCUUGCCUGGAUCUGGAGGGGCUGCUCUGAUUUUUGAUGGGCGAAUUGACUACUUUGCCAUGGCGGCCAUCCCAGCUGUGUGGCAGUUGUACAAGGCAUUUCCACAAGUGCGAUCAUUCGGCCGCGGGUCAUCCAGAUCACCUCCCACUUGCGCGGCAGAAGUGGCGACCAAAGAAGUGCUACUUCUGUUUUUGAGGCUCUUGGGGCCGACAACUCCGCCAGACAAGGAUCCUCUUCAUCCAAGCCGAAUGUCGAGCCUUGCAAAGACCCUCGCGGCCGCAGGACUGCAAAGGAUGUUUCAGACCGCAUGGCCAGCGCUGGCCAUGCUUGCAGCAACGGGUUUGACUACGUGGCGCUCCCACGGGCUUUAUCCGGCCGCACAGGUGCAGGUGUCGGAUGUGACGGCUGUAGUUUCGGCAGCGGCUGAUUUAUCGCAAAGUUCAGGUGCGCCAGAUAUCUUGGAGGCCGUAGCGGCGCAAAGAAGUCUUCAAAGAAGCCUUUGGCAAAAGACAUCGUCGUUCGGAUCCAUAACCCCUGAAGUCAGCCAGAUAUGGCGGCAGAUUGCAAGUUGGCUCCUCGAGGCACCAGAAGAUAUACCGCAGGUUGUUUUCAUGACGAUGUUCUUCGGAAACUUGGGGAACAACACGUGGGUGUCACGUUUCCUGGAUAGAGCUCUGGUCGUCGGCCUGCCCCGCCUCAUCUUUGCUAGUCCAGACCCAGACUACUUGCAUGAUUGUACACAGGUGUCGAGAAUUUGGCAGAAUCGAGGAGAUGCAUAUCAGAGACUGCUCUGUUUUCGCAGUUUCUCCAAAGUUGUGCGACCCUACGAUGUGAACAACUAUGCAAAGUUUGUGUUAUUGCCACUGCUGCUUUCUCUCGGUGUGAGCUAUGCGUGGUUGGAUAUUGAUAUCUUCAUUGCACAGAAUCCAACGGCUCGCCUUUUGCAACUAGCGGAGACUGCGGAUGUGCUGACAACUGAUCACUUCGAUGAGAGUUGUCUGAACCAUGGGGUCAUUUUUGUCAAGGCCUCCGACCGAACUCUCCGCUGGGUGCUGAGCUACAUCAGGUGGAUGCAUGUCUACCCUUUCGGGCACGAUCAGAAUGGCUGGGAUGCGUUUCUCGGUCACUCUAUCCAGUUUGAGCCUUUCGUGCCGACAGGUCAUGACAUCUCCUUGCGAGUGCUGGACACUGGCAAGGAGUUCUUGACACUGACUGGCUGGGCAGGUGACGAUGCUGAUCUGCCAGCUGCCUUGCUGCUGCACCUGACGCGGACUACACCUAUCGGCGUCAGGGAGAAGCGGACCCAGUUUUUCGAGCUGCUCGAUGCCACACUUCCAUCCCUCGGGUCCAGUGUGGAGGAGCACCGUCGAGAUUUGAAGGUUUUGCAGAGGGCAUUGUCGACUUUGAGGGUUGAGCAGCCUUCGCCAAAGCGAUCGUGCUAUGAGGGCGUCCACGUGGCGGUCGAGCAGGCUGUGCAUGAUGGAAGCUACUGGCACCUCUUUGACUAG